CUCCAUUCUUGCUCUCAACCCCUCUAAUGGCGUAGGCCGAUUCUCUAUCUUCUUUCCCAAAUUCUAUUCUAAAUCCCUAAUUCCUAUCAAUCCCCAAUUUCCCAAGCCGAUCGAUAGAUCCCCUAGCAAUAGGUUUCUAUCAUUUGGUAUCAGAACUCGAAGAGCUCGUCACAGCUCUUCAAGGAUAUGGAGUGGUCUCAAUUGCAAGAGCUGCUAUGGCAUACUCUAGCCCACCUGAACCACGAGGCGGAAGUCAAAGCGGCGAAGAGGGAGGAUGUUGCGAGGAAUUUGUUGCCGCAGGGCCAGGCUAUCGCUGCCACUUCCAUGCCGACCACCAAUGUCUCAAAGCAGGUGGGACCA